AUGGUUUCUGCUUCUUACUCGGCCUUGCUCGUCAUCCUUGCCGCCACAGCGGUAUGGGCCAGUACGCCGCAAGCUCCCUCGGAUGGAGCAGGCAAUUGUCUUACCCUCUCCGGUGGCACCUCCAGCGAAAUCUAUAAAGCCUGUUGUGGUCAAACGCAAUCAGGUAAGGCUCGAGUUGACGGGGUCGAGUUUUCCUACAGCUGUGGGGCAUACCCAUCGCCCGCAAAGAACACUAUUAUCAAAGCUAGUAGUGCACGGGAGUGCGCGCACGGCUGUGCCGCCGCCGGCACUGACUGCCGCGCUGCCGCAUGGAAUAGUAAGGGUCAAUGCUUCUUUGUCACCGUCGAUGACUACUCGCCACGGGCUUAUAAGGGCUUUAUGUCGCUCGAGAAGACCAAAGAAUUAGUGUCAGAGCCCGAAUCCGAGCCCACUGGAGGAUGUGGAAAGGCGACUGAUGCUGCAAAGGCCGAAUGCGAGAAGUAUGCCGCAGUGAAGUGCCAGAACGAAAAGGAGAGCGAUAAAGCACAGUGCGAGCAAGAGAAGACUGCUGUUGCAGACGAUGCCAAGAAGCAGGCGGAGACCGACUGUCAGAAUGACAAGAGUCAGCUUCAGAAGCAAAUCGAUGACGCUCAAGCGAAAUGCAACUCGCAGAAAGACGCUGCCAGCUCCCAAUGCCAGACCGACAAAGACGCUGCUGUCUCCAAUGCCAAUUCACAAUGUGCUGCCGAGAAGGAACAGCUCCAGAAACAAACCGAUGACGCUCGGUCCCAAUGCCAGACUGACAAAGACGCUGCUGUCUCUAAUGCUGUCUCCAAUGCCAAUUCCCAAUGCACCGCCGAGAAAGACCAGCUCCAGAAGCAAACCGUUGAUGCUCGGUCCCAAUGCCAGACUGACAAAGACGCUGCUGUCUCUAAUGCUGUCUCUAAUGCCAACUCCCAGUGCGCCGCCGAGAAGGAUCAACUCCGUCAGCAAGGAGAAGGCACCCUGCAGCAGUCCAAGUCUCAGUGGGAGGCCGAGAAGGCAACUCUGGAAAACAAUUUGAAGACCUCGGAAGACAAGAUUCUGUCUGACGCAAAUGGCCAUGAGGAUUGGAAGGCGGUGGAUAGCCGGUGCCACGACAACAGCUGGUUUAGUCUUUGCGACGGUCGCUGUCCCCAAAGACAAUUCAAGCUUGGAGGAGUCGAUUUUCAGGUCAAGUGCAACGUCCGCACCAAUGGCGCUCGGGAAGAAAUUUGGUGGUACCGCCCGUCUAUCUUGCAAUGUGCUGAAGACUGUGCUAUGAACCCCAACUGCAUUGCUGUUGGAUGGAGAAAUUUUGGUGGUGAACCACAGGCUGGAGUAAGUGAAGAAUCAUUUAAAUUCCACUCGAAUGAGUUUGGCUAA